AUGGAAGUAGCGCAGACUCCUCUUCAGUUAACGCAAGAACAUCAAGAUCGAAGAUUAGCAGGCGAAGACAACACCUCCCCACUUCGCUGGUCGCCACCAACAUCAGCCGCGCUGGUUGCAGCUGCCUUAGCACCGCCGGCACUACGGCCAUGGUUGCCGGAUCCACCUUCUAAGAAGACCAACCACUUGGGUUUGGUGUGCGUGGUGUGUGGAGACACAAGUUCAGGCAAGCACUACGGCAUUCUCGCUUGCAACGGCUGCAGCGGUUUCUUCAAAAGAUCUGUGAGGAGAAAGCUUAUAUACAGGUGCCAAGCCGGUACGGGAAGAUGCGUGGUAGACAAAGCGCACCGGAACCAAUGUCAAGCGUGUCGCCUCAAGAAAUGUCUAGCCAUGGGCAUGAAUAAAGAUGCAGUGCAAAACGAGCGUCAACCCCGCAACACUGCCACCAUAAGGCCGGAAGCCUUGCGGGACAUGGACCAGGAAAGGGCUCUACGAGAAGCAGCCGUCGCUGUUGGAGUCUUCGGUCCCCCAGUAUCGCUGGCAAUGGCUCUGUCGCCGGCGCGGUAUCCGCUGCUGUCGCCUCACUACGCGCCGCUGCCGCCGCCGCAGCCCACGCAGCCUCCGCAGCCAGACUCCUCCCACGACCACCACGGCGGCAGCCAUGCGCACUCUGACAGUGAUGAUGACAGCAUUGACGUCACAAACGAAGAAGAUUCUACGUCUUAUUCCCCACCGGCCGUCUCCAGUUAUUCUCAAAGCUGUAUACCGUAUGGGCCACUUGGUAUAGAAAGUGCAGCGGAAACGGCAGCUCGCUUGCUAUUCAUGGCAGUCAAAUGGGCGAAAAACUUGCCUUCCUUCGCCAGUCUCGCCUUCCGUGACCAGGUAAUUCUUCUAGAAGAAGCGUGGUCGGAGCUGUUCCUCCUGAACGCGAUCCAGUGGUGCGCGCCGCUCGACGCCGCUUGCGCAGCGCUCUUCGGCACCGAACAGACGGACCAAGAAAACGGCGGGUCGGGGGUACUGCGGCGGCUGCGCUCCGUGGUGUCGCGCUACCGCAGCGUGCUGGUGGACCCCGCGGAGUUCGCCUGCAUGAAGGCCAUCGCGCUCUUCAAGUGCGAAACCCGAGGGCUCAAAGACCCCCUCCAGAUAGAGAACCUCCAGGACCAAGCGCAGGUAAUGUUAAUGACUCAUGCCAGGACUGCGCACGGCGCGGCGCCGGCGCGCUUCGGCCGACUGCUCCUGUUGCUGCCUCUCCUGCGCCUCGUCACGCCACAGCAGCUAGAGAGGGAGUUCUUCUCCAAAACCAUCGGACAAACACCGAUGGAGAAGGUUUUGGCUGAUAUGUAUAAAAACUAGAAUGGUGCAACGAACAUACAUCUAUAACUAAUUAAUUUUAUUAAUAACGUUAUUGUAAAUUAAUGUAAAUAUUUUGAUUGUAUAUAACAAUAAUGUGUACAGCAUGUAAAGAGAAUUAACUAUUGUACCUACCAUGCUUUUCAACCUUAUAAAUACCAAUGUAAGUAACAUCUGAAGGUUUCAACUAAGAAGAGCAUCGCCAUAUCUAUUUCAAAUGUUAUGUCAAACUUGCACACACUGACGGUCGAAAUAUUAAAGCGGAAUUUACAUUACGAAAUUUCUUAUCAAUUUCACGUGUAAAUAAUAAUAAUGAUUAAAUAAUGAAAUUAAUAUAGUGCCAUUAAUUCGUAAUGUAAAUUCCGCUUAAAUGUGCAAUCUGUCGACAAGACGUCACUUAGCGAUUUUGUAAUUGUCAUAAAUACCGAGAUAAUUUUUCACGAAAAUCUUACAACGUUGCUAAGUACCUAGGGAUUGAUUGAUUAUUUACAGCCAUUAUGUAUGUCGGCGACAAUCCCAGAAUAUAAAGCCAUUAUUGUAAUUCAUAGAUCAUAACAAACAUUAAUUCAAGUUACAAUGAUAAUUUACACUCUAGCCUUUAAAAUCACAUUAAUAAAAUUAAGUAUUCAGAAACAUGUCUACUCUUCCACUCUUCUUCCAAAAGUUAGCUUAUUAAAGCUUUUCCCGCCGAGGCACCCUCUGGCGUGACCAACGUGAUUCGUCAAAAUGGAGUCAAUUAACAUUUUCUAUAUUUCUUAAUUAAAUAAUUAUCAAGUUAAAUAACAUAAUAAAUAUCUUAAGAAUAAUAAGAUAUUUAAUUAAUAUUUAAACAAACAACAGAAGGUCAUAGUUAUCAACUUAUAAAUUCUAUUAGGACAAUUAGUUCUAGUAUUGGCGCCAAUUCAGUUUGAAAAAGAGAUCUUCAGGAAACUCACACUAGGCGGCGCUAGAAUCGUGGAGGUUUUUAAACAAGAAGGUUCUAUAUUAAUGAAUCUUAGACCGAAAGAGGUUAUUAUUAAAGAAGAUUCUAUAUAAUAAUUUUAUAAAGCAAACACGCCCACAUGUACCUACCACGUACCUACCUAAAUAAAGAUAUGCCUGUCCGAGCGAUGCUUUACUGUUCGACUUACAUAUUUUUAGGCAUAGACCACAGUGCGUUUUUACAUAAAUAUACGUUUAUUUACGAUUUUUGUUAGCACAAAAUAUUAAAUGUUUUUGAAUUUUAUAUUUUUUAAGAGAAAAUUUUAGUUGCUGAUGGUGCAAGUUUUGGCAUAGAAACUAAGUUGGAGUUAAAAGUAAAAGUGUUCUACUAGAUGUUCUUCUCAAUUGAAAUUCAUAGUAAAUAGUGCCGUUUUGGUUAAGUUUACUUAUUAUUUCUAUCAUCUAGUCAACUCUAACUAAUAAAAGAAGAGAAUAUUACUUAAGUAUAUAAUAUUAUAUGUGUAAAUCAAAUGUGCCGGAAAAAAUAGGUUUAUCGUUCCUAAGGAAAACCAAAUCUUUACCUAUUUGUGAACAACAACAAUGAUUCACUGAAAUUAAUGUAGUAAAUAUACCUACUUAGUAUAGAUAAUUAUAAUUAAUACUGAGAAAUAAAUAGAUAUCAAAAUCCUAACAGGCGCCGCGCAGUAAACAAACAUAUUAUUUUAUUGUAACUAUUGUAAUAUAAAGUUUUUAAAGGUGGAUACUUACCUACUAGGUAGGUACCUAUUUAGGUGUCUCUAGGUGCCUACUUAUUGGAAGAACUUAUUUUUGA